AUGCCGCCAAUUAUUGGAUUCAAUCCUAAUCGCCUUAAAGUUCAAUUAAAAUUAGCAAUUAAUAGAAUUAAACUCGCGCAACAAAAGAAAAAUGUUAGUAGUAAAUUACAACGUAAAGAAAUUGCAACGUUAUUAGAAAAUAAUAAAGAAGAAAGUGCCAGAAUAAGAGUAGAAGGAAUUAUUCAUGAUGAUUAUUAUGUCGAAGCAAUGGAAGUUCUUGAACUGUAUUGUGAACUUCUUAUAGCACCCGUUAAUACAUUAUUGUAUGCGUCUUCAAGAUUGGAUAUUAAAGAAUUACUUCCAAUCAGAGACCAAUUUAUUUCAAAAUUCGGCAAAGAAUUUGUGAAGAAUGCAGUUGAAAAUGUGAAUGAUUGUGUGAAUGAAAGGAUUGUACAAAAAUUAAUUGUUGAUAAUCCGGAUUCAUUUCUUGUAGAACGAUAUCUUGAAGAAAUUGCUAAAAGUUUUAAUGUUGAUUGGAACUCAAAACAUAAUAAUUAUUCAGAUAAAGAAACAAUAGAUUUGGAUGAUUUAAGUAUUAAAUUAAAUAAUAAUAAUAGUAAAGAGAAGGAUGAAUAUACAGCAUUACCAGAUUUAAGUGCUAUAAUUUCUUUAGAUGAUGAUGGUUUCUUUGUUAAUAAAUCAUCGUCACCUUCACCUCUGCCUCCGCCACCACCUUAUACAAAAACAACAACGAAUAAAAAAGAUGAGGAAUUCGAUGAUUUAAUGAAAAGAUUUGAAGCUUUAAAAAGAAAAUGA